AGCUGAACACACCGAGCACUGGAGCAGCUCCCGUUCUGGAGGAAUACGGUUUGGGCUUUUUUUUUGUAGAUUUCAACCGAGGAGUCCGAGUUUGAGAUUAAGAACUAUGGAUUUCUUUUCACACUGUUUUACCGGCGCGACGCAGUGAGGAGCCGCGGGGAGGGAACAGAGGAAUCCCGCUGGAAGAAGCUGCUUCUAUCUGGCAAAGAAACGCCAACAAAGAGCCUUCAGGGAAGUAGCUGCUGCCUGCUGAGGCAGCGCAAGUUAGUUGAGCAACAAACACAAAGUACGGCAGCGGAUAAAGCGGCCACCAUGGCGCACCGCGCACUCGUUCGUACGGGUUUGACUUUGUUGUUUUUCCUUCUCUUCCUAAACGUGGGGAUUUUUCGUGUAAACGGGCAGUACGGCGGCGGUGACCGAGGAAUGUCUAUACCGGAGCACGGCUUUUGCCAGCCCAUUUCCAUCCCGCUGUGCACGGACAUCGCUUACAAUGAAACCAUCAUGCCCAACCUGCUGGGCCACACCAACCAGGAGGACGCGGGGCUGGAGGUGCACCAGUUCUACCCGCUGGUCAAAGUGCAGUGCUCCCCGGAUUUAAAGUUCUUCCUCUGCUCCAUGUACGCGCCCGUGUGCACGGUGCUGGAGCAGGCGCUGCCCCCGUGUCGCUCCCUGUGCGAGCGCGCAAGGCAGGGCUGCGAGGCGCUCAUGAACAAGUUCGGCUUCCAGUGGCCCGACAGCCUGGCCUGCGAGACGUUCCCGGUGCACGGCGCCGGGGAGCUGUGUGUGGGCCAGAACAUGACGGACCGCACCGAGGUGGACAGCCGCAGCCCCUACCCCACCGAGCGCACCCUGCCCGACCCCGGUCACUUCAGGUGCCCGGCGUCGCUUCGGGUGCCUCCGUACCUCAACUACCGCUUCCUCGGCCAGGAGAACUGCGGCGCUCCGUGUGAGCCCAAGAGAUCGCACGGGAUGAUGUACUUCAGCGAGGAGGAGCUGAAAUUCGCCAGGAUAUGGAUCGGCAUCUGGUCGGUGUUGUGCUGCGCUUCCACCUUGUUCACGGUGCUGACCUACUUGGUGGACAUGAAGCGCUUCAGCUACCCAGAGCGGCCCAUUGUCUUCCUCUCCGGCUGCUACACCAUGGUGUCCAUCGCCUACAUUGCUGGAUUUUUACUGGAGGACAAGGUGGUGUGCAAUGACAGGUUUGACAACGACAUCAGGACUGUGGUGCAGGGCACCAAGAAGGAAGGCUGCACCAUCCUCUUCAUGAUGCUCUACUUCUUCAGCAUGGCCAGCUCCAUCUGGUGGGUCAUCUUGGCUCUCACCUGGUUCCUGGCAGCAGGGAUGAAGUGGGGCCAUGAGGCCAUUGAGGCCAACUCUCAGUACUUCCACCUGGCAGCCUGGGCCGUCCCCGCCAUCAAGACCAUCACCAUCCUGGCAGUGGGGCAGGUGGACGGGGACGUGUUGAGUGGGGUUUGCUUCGUGGGCAUCAACAGCGUGGAUGCCCUGCGGGGCUUUGUCUUGGCGCCACUGUUUGUCUACCUAUUCAUCGGCACCUCCUUCCUCUUGGCAGGCUUUGUGUCCCUGUUUCGAAUUCGAACCAUCAUGAAGCACGAUGGCACCAAGACGGAGAAGCUGGAGAAGCUGAUGGUGCGGAUAGGGAUCUUCAGCGUGCUCUACACUGUGCCAGCCACCAUCGUCAUCGCCUGCUACUUCUACGAGCAGGCCUUCAGAGAGCAGUGGGAGAGGACGUGGAUCAGCCAGACGUGUAAGACGUACGCCGUUCCCUGUCCUGCCCAGAACCACCCCAACAUGAGCCCAGACUUCACCGUCUUCAUGAUAAAGUAUCUCAUGACGCUCAUUGUGGGCAUUACCUCCGGGUUCUGGAUCUGGUCUGGAAAGACCCUCAACUCCUGGAGGAGGUUUUACACAAGACUGGCCAACAGUAAACAGGGUGAGACCACAGUGUAAUGGGGUUUAACCUCACUACGCACACAGACUGCUUUGUGACAGACUGAAUGAUAAUCCCCUUUUAUUAUUUUCUUUUUUUUUCCAUUUUUCUCAGACUUUCAGGAGACAUUUGCUCUGUUUUUUAAUGUACAUAC